AUGGGUCUGGUAGACUACAUUCACCCUUCUCUGGCCGCUGCCGAGUGGAGCCGUCCGUCAGUCAAAGCAGCCUACAUCGCUGGUGCAUUCCUGAGUUUCUGUUCGGUGUACGCUAUAUCCGCGUUGAUGUCCACCGUCACCACGCAAACCUAUCGGAAGCUGCAGACCAAGGAAGUGGUGUUUUGGAACUUAGCGGUGGUUCGUGGGGUGUACGGGCUGUUUUGUAUCGUGUUCGGUACGUGGGCAAUAUUCAUGGACACGGACCUUGUGGGAGAUGUGGUUUUCGCCACCUCUCCGUCCAGCCAUUUCGCCAUGACUACAACCGUGGGUUUCUUCAUAUUUGAGUGCGGGAUGAUCUUGUGGUCAGACAUUUACUUCCGCCAGUUUAAUUUCCUGCUCAACCUGCACCACUGGAUCUCGCUGCUAGCCUACUCACUGCUAAUAUACAUGGGUAGCACCCACUUCUAUGGGACGCGCGGUCUCAUCCUCGAGAUGUCGACGCCAUUCAGCUGCCUGUGCUGGACGUUUCUCAAGGCGGACAUGGCACACACGCUUCUCUGGAAGGCCAACCUUUUCCUUCUUGUCCAUACGUUUCACCUCCGGUCUGUGGCGGAGUGCGCAAUAUGGUACUGGACUUACCAGCACUUGAACCGAAUAUGGGCCGCCAUGACACACAUGAUAGAUACUUACUUAACACGGAAGUCAUACGCCAAGGAGGCGUACGUGUCCCCAGAGGUCAUGUACCUCAGCGUCAUCGCAAGCUUUAUGCCAGCAGGAAGAGCAGGAACCUUAUGUCCCUUUUCUGAAUGCGAGGCGUUAGACGCUGGAGUAUGGCGUCAAACAUUGUUGGCGUGA